UCCGAGCCUCACAAUGCUUUCGAUGCACUAAUUCCGAAUACCCAGCCUCGAAAAUAUCACGGGGACUCCCCGUCCCCUAAAAUGCCUAUCUCUUCUGGUUGGAAUGGGAGCCUCCAGAAGCAGUGUGAGGCCCUGACCGGCGACAGAGUUCCUGGCGUAGCCCGAAUGACGCCAUUUUUGUUACUGGCAGAGCUCGGCGGGGAGGCUGUUGCUGAGCCUGCGAAAGAUAAGCUAAUGCGUCAUCUAGAGUUACCAGGGAGGGCUGGAGGGGAAAGGGAAUUUCGGGUGAUGCUGAGCCUGCUUGUGGAAGCAGGGAGCCAAGCUCAUCUUGAGAAGGAGCUUUGGGGUCUUGAGAGCAGAGCCAGGGUGAGGGACCCGGUUGAGUGAUGCGGGUGUGUGGUCAGUGGUGGGGACAUGUGGAAGGACCAAUGAAGGGGUUGUUUGGGCUGAAUGAUGUGGAGAGCAGUGAUAGGGAAGGGAGUCUGUAGGACUGUGUGUGGGAUAUGCGAUGAAUUUAUGGAAGUGAGUGAUGGGGGGGUCUGUAGGUGAAUGAUGGGGUUUCUAGGAAGUGAGUGAAAGGGGUUUGUGGGGUGAGUGAGUGGGGUCUGGGUGAGUGAUGGAGAGUUUUUUGGGUGAAUGAUGGGGGAUCUGGGGUGGUCUUUAUUAGAGUGAGUGAUGAGGGUCCAUGGGGUCAGGAGUGGGCAAAUAUAGGGUCAAUGUUGGGAUUCUGUGGGGUCCAUGAUGGGUGGCUCUUUGAGAUCAAUAAUACAUCCAUGAAUAAACAAAAAUCCUUGCCCUUGUGGGGUCAACAUUCCAAUGGAGGAGUCAGACAUUGAGGCUUUACUUUAUUUCCCUGAUGACUGCUUUUUCAUAUAUGUAUUGAUCUCUUAGAUCCUCUUUCGUGAGGCACCUGUUCAGAUCUUUUGCUCAUUUUCUUAUUGGAUGUCUGCCUUUUCCUUAUUGAUUUGUAGGACUUGUUUUCAUAUAUUCUGAUAACUACUCCUUUAGCAGUGCCAUCAAAGAGUGGUUAAACCCAGCUUGGUCUCUGAAGACUCUUCUGUACCCCACCGCACCCCCAAUUGCUUUCCGAAGAGAAACAGAAAAUGACUGAGUCCCAGGAACCAGUGACAUAUGAAGAUGUGGCUGUGGACUUCACCCAGGAAGAGUGGCAGCACCUGGAUGCUGCUCAGAAGACCCUACACAGAGAUGUGAUGCUGGAGAUCUAUGGCCACCUGGUCUCUGUGGGGUAUUCAAGUAUAAAACCAGGUAUAAUCUUCAAGUUGGAACAUGAAGAGGACCCGUGGAUCAUAAAGAGUGAAUUGUCAACGUGGAUCCACUCAGACAGGGAGAAAAGCCAUGACUCUUCCCAGCAGAUCAUUUCAGAAGAACGUUCAUUUCAAAAGGAGAUAUUGGAAAAAACCCCAAAAGAUAAUUCAUUGUACUCUCUCUUAAAAGCCUGGCCUACUGAUGGUCAGAUAGAUAGGUAUCAAGGAAACCAAGACAAGGUUUUGAAGCAGGCCACAGUCCUUAGCCAUGAAACAUUGGCCAAGGAGAAAACCCCCAAAUAUAAUACAUUUGGGAAAAUAUUUGGUGGGUGCAUAGACCUUGGCCCUUCAAGUAAAAAACUCCAUGAUUUUGAUUCAUGUGAAAAGAGCUUGAAAUCUAAUUUAGACUCACUGACAUGCAAUAGGAGCUAUGCAAGAAAGAACCCCAUUGAGAGAUUUGGAUGUGGGACACCACUUAGCUAUAGUGAUUCCUGUACUGUGCCUGAGAAAAUUUAUACUGACAUGAAACCCCAUGGACAUAGUCGAUGUGAAAAAGGUCUUAAUCAUGAACAAGUCCAUAUUCGGUAUAAGAAAGAUCAAGCUGGUAGGAACCCCAAUGUUUGUAGUGAGUGUGGGAAAGGGUUUAUUAAGAAGUCACAGCUUACUAUACAUCAAAGAAUUCAUACUGGAGAGAAACCGUAUGUAUGUGGAGACUGUGGAAGGGCCUUCAGUGAGAAAUCACACCUCAUUGUGCAUCAGAGGAUUCAUACUGGGGAGAAACCUUAUAAAUGUACUGAGUGUGGGAGGGCCUUCUCCCAGAAGUCACCCUUCAUCGUUCAUCAGAGAGUCCAUACUGGAGAGAAACCCUAUGAAUGUCUUGAGUGUCAAAAAGCCUUCUCUCAGAAGUCACAUCUCAUUAUACAUCAGCGAGUUCAUACUAGAGAGAAGCCAUUUGAAUGCAGUGAAUGUGGGAAAGCCUUCUGUGAGAAGUCUCACCUUUUUACACACCAGACAACUCAUACUGGAGAGAGACCCUAUAAAUGUAUUGAAUGUGGGAAAACUUUCCCUCGGAAAACACAACUCAUCAUCCAUCGGAGAACACAUACUGGAGAGAAACCCUAUAAGUGCAGUGAAUGUGGAAAAACCUUUUGCCAGCAGUCCCACCUCAUAGGGCAUCAAAGAAUUCAUACAGGAGAGAAACCUUAUAUAUGCACUGACUGUGGAAAAGCGUUUUCCCAAAAGUCACACCUUACUGGACAUCAAAGACUUCAUACUGGUGAGAAACCUUAUAUAUGUACAGAAUGUGGAAAAGCCUUCUCUCAGAAGUCCCCUCUUAUUAUACACCAGAGAAUUCAUACGGGGGAGAAACCUUAUGAGUGUAAUGACUGUGGCAAAACCUUCUCCCAGAAAUCACCCCUCAUUAUUCAUCAGAGAAUCCAUACAGGGGAGAAACCCUAUGAAUGUCCUGAGUGUGGAAGGGCCUUUUCCCUGAAGUCACAUCUCAUUAUACAUCAGAGAGCUCAUGCUGGAGCAAAACCAUAUGAAUGUAGUGAAUGUGGAAAGGUCUUCUGUGAGAAGUCUCCACUAGUUGUGCAUCAGAAAACUCAUACUAGGGAAAAAAACUCUAAAUCUGCUGAAUAUGGGAUGGCUUUUCCCCGGAAAUCACAGAUGAUCACGUAUCAGAGAACACACACAGGGGAGAAACCGUCAAAAUGCAGUGACUGUGGGAAGGUGUUCUGCCAGCAUAUACACCUUGCUGGACAUCAGAAUCCACAUAGGAGAGAAACGUUGUGUACGUACUGAUUGUGGGAAGGUCUUCCCAGAAGUCAGAUCUCACUGUGCAUGAAAAAACUCACAAUGAACAGAAAUCUAUGGAUGUGUUGGACAGGAAGAGAAUGUGGCACCUCCUUUACUGUAGAAUAGCCUCAUAUGCUGCUAAGUAUUUCUUUUUUUCUGUAAGGAUUUUGUAUUUAUUUAUUUGAGGGGGUGGGGAGGAGGAGUGGGAGAA